UUCAAUGUUGCGCGGUGAAGCAGCUCUUGUCUACGCAAAGAAUACGCUGCCGUAUCGAAGCUGAAACUGAAAGUUGUCGCUGAAUUUAGGCGAAUGAAACGAUUGUGAGUCGUGAUGCGUGCAAUUUAGACCGUCUGGGGACAGCUGACUGCUGUAUUAUGCCCAGAAUUAGGAGCAGAGGCACCGUUCAAUCUUUACAGUACCGGGAAAUUGGCAUCGGGAAGUCUCCGUACAGGUCCAGUCUGAAAAUACUGCGGCUACUAAUAUGUGACCAACGUUCAACAUUCACGAAGAUCUGGGAAACUCAUUCGAAGUCCCCGAUUGCAUUUGAAGAUGGCCACAUUUACCUUGACAACUACAGGACCUGCUUGGCUUUAUGCGGCAUUAACUCCCUCCCAAGUCCACUCUACAAGCUCCCCCAGGAGCCGAAAAACAAGAAAAUCGAGGAUGCCUUGGUGUAUACAGGGCCACUGCACCGAUUGCCUAAACUGGCGAAGGACUGCCGGGCACUAUUCCUAUCGCUGACGGCCGACAAUUGGGUCUACUGCCAUGACAAGAUGAACGGCAAGGUCCACCAGGAAAUCUACCUGGGAUCACCCAGCCACUACAAGUUCAAGCACAUCGACUGGGAGACCCACGGCGAAACCAUCAUUUUGCAGUCCCUGCACAACCACAGCCAUCCACAGCUCACACAGCCGGCAGCAAGGAGCAAACCAAGAGUUCUGAUCACCAUAGCAGUGUUUGCCAUGUUUCCCCUUCAGUUCAAAGGCAUGUUGGAAAUUGACAGAGCUAUCUUUGGGAAAGAAUGCAACCAUGCCAAUGUUUCAGAGGGCCUUCUUAUUGUUGGAACAGGCAGCACCUUGACUGGGGCAGUAAGAUUGUACAACUUCAGGAACAUACUUGAAGAAGCAUGUAUGUUUUCAGCUAAACUUUAUGAGCCUUGCUUAGCACUGGAUGGUGCUAAAGUCGGAACCUAUCCUGCUGGCCUACCUUUGAACUGCAAGCUCAAAGAACCCCCUCCAGUUCUCUUUGAGGUUAAGUGUUCAGAGUUCAUGCUUCACUUUGGGUGCUACCCCUGGCAUUACAUCUGCAGCCCGCCGUCAAAGGAAGGUGUCUUUCAGAUAAAAUCAGUGGAAUCUGAUGAACUGGCUGAGAAUGGACUCCUGGACUUUCCCAAUUCAAGCACAGAGCCAGACUCCAUUGCAUUUCAUCCUGAUGACUCAGGAAGGAUAGUCUACAACUCUUCGCAUUUCAUCAAGGUGUUUCGGUUGAUUACAAACAAGAAAAACAAACCAUCGCUGAAGGAGUGCUUUGAGAUCACCUUUCGCGAGCAGCCAACUCGAAUUCAUGAGGAGACAAACAACAACAAGCCACCUCAACGCAAGUGCAAAACCCUAUACGACAUGCACAGCUCUCAGUGUGUAGAGAAAAGCCUUUUGUCAGAUGACUACGAGAAUGAGCUUGAGCUGUACAGUGUGCUUGGUUUUGACCCAAGGGACGAGAGCUGCAUGGGGAAAGUGGGUAUAUACGACAAUGAGACGGGCCACCGGAUCAAGUCUUUCGAGCUGGGAAUGAGCCUUGAUGAGCUGUGUGACUACACUCUGACGCUUGACCUGGACACCGUGGUGGUCCUCGUCAAGGAUGAACGGCGCAACUUCUCCUGUUACCUGUACCGGCUGCACUAUCCUGGACUUGUUGACGUGCCUCGCUCCGGGCGCUACAGCACAAGAAACACGGUCCUGCGGAGAUCUCAGCGAAGCAGGACUGCCAGGAUCACUAGCAAUAAUGGCGUCGUUCAUGACAAUUACGACGAAGAUGUAGCCGUCCCUUCAUCAUCACGCAGUGACAGAGUGUUGCGAUCUACAAGACACUGAACAUUUGUUUUACUGUGACGAGCAGUUUCAAUUGUUUUGUCUCGUGUUCAUCUUGAUGCAGCAGAGCACUGCAGCCCAAUGUGGGUUUGACCCCUGAAGGUGGUUGUCACUUCAUUUUGUGAUCGUGUCAACGUGGCAGGGAAUUUGAAAUCCACGGGAUGUUGAAUGAACUCCUGCUGAGGUUGCUGCUGGCAGUUGCAUUAUGUUUGUUACGCAGGACUGGACUGCAGUAAAAGCUGCUUUUCUUUAAAAUGCUGUUUGCGUUGCAUGUACAGUGUACAGACAGUUGCCAGAGAUUGUUCCUGUCAUUAUGCAUUUAGUUAUUUUUCCCCCCAUCAGAGCACAUGGGCUGACAUUGGGCAAGUAUUCAGUCUUGUGACUUUGUCAUGGUUGCAAUUGUUGUGUUGAUACAGUGUGUUGCUUCUGUUUGACAGCGUGGUAUUUUGAGAUCUUUGUUUUGGUUUUUUGGACGUGUCAUUACUACAUUGUACUUCAGCUUGAAAAGGCUUGCAAAAACUUUAGGCCAACAUUGCGUUUACUAGCAUUUACAAUAGUUGUGGGCAUACUCCGUAACAGGAACUGUGUCAGAAUGUUUGGUCCUGUUAAUGUCUAGUACCAGUACAUACAUUUUACAAAUGGUUUAUUUGUUUAUAAAAAUGAGAUGGGAGUAAAUUAAGUUUUCAGCUGAUGGACGAGAAUUAACAUUGUGGCUGCUUGAGCUACUGCUAGAGAUAUCUUGGACUGGUGUCAUUGACACUUGAGAUUUUUAUAGGCAUUUCAAAUCUUGUUGAAUGGUUUAACCUUAUUUACAGUGCCAAAUUUCAGUAAUAAAAGCCUUUGAAAAUUAG